AUGGUGUCAAAUUCGUGUUACAGUUCUCUGGCUCGUAUUAUAAAUACUGCCCCGACAUUUCAUUUACCCACGUUCAAUUGUUCCAAGCGUUAUUCUUGUGCUCUCAAAUUCAAUCUCCCAAACCGAUCAAACAACUUGCUGAAUCGCUCUACCACUUCUGAUUUUAUUGGAAUCGAGCACCUUCGUUGUUGGCUUUUCAGGUAUUUUUCAAUUACAUAA